AUGAGUGGCCUCUAUGGAGUCGACGAUUUCGAUGCCAAUGGCAAUUUUCAUUCAAUCAACAGGAUCAACUGGGACGACCCAUCCCUAUACACGAUGCAGCUUACUAGGGACGAAAUCGAAGCUCUUACCCACGACAUACCAGCCACGAACAUUCAAACAGAUAUCCCAACCCUUCCAGAGCUCCCCCCUGCUCGCACACCGUCACCUCAACCUUUUGGAACUUCAAGUCAUGAUGAUGGCUCAUGGAGUCCUACCGAAAGAGAGGUGCCGGACACGAGUGGAGAGAUGCCGAAGUCACUCCGUGAGGCAAACAUGUCCUCCUGGGCAGCGCGGAACCCAACACGAGCAAUUAUCCGCCCUCGGACGCCACCACCUCGACUAACAGAUGCACAAAAGGCAUCUCGAAAGAUUAAGAGGGAUCAGAAGAUUGAGAGAACGAAACGCUUACAUGAUGCAGUUGCUGGAUAUCUGGACGCACAGAAGACACAGAUUGAAGCACUCGCACUCGCUCAUCACGUUACUCCGAAGCAAAUCAAUGACAUCAUCAGCAAUCACACGCAUUAUCGCACCUCACGCAAGAGUCAAUUGAUCCACGCACUUAUUCAUGCCAAGGCAAAAGAGAUGAAUGCGGAUCGACCCACAGGCUCUCGAUACUCAAUGGCCGAACUCCGCGAGAUGGUCAUCACUGACCCCGAAACAAAAGACCUGACGAGGGAACAGAAGGAAGCUUACAUUGCAGCGCUUGAGGAGCAUCGUGAAAGAAAAGGUGUCAGUGUUUGGGCAAACAAUCAGGCAGCUGCGCGAGAUGUUGUAGCCACGACGGAUAGGAUCGUCAAAGAGCUAGAUGAUCUGCGAGUUCGGACCGGAGUCUAUGGAACACUAUUUGUCGUCCGCGGUCACAUCAACGACACCAUUCAAAGCACGAUGCACGGCACGGAUAAUUCUGAAGAUUUUUGGGAGGAUGUGUAUGAGCACCCCAUGGCUGACUUUCUCAGGCAAUACGAACAAUGGGCAUGCACGCAGGAUCAAAAUCUCAAUGAACGUGACUCUUUGGAGGCCGUACGGAAGCAGGUACGGAAAAUGAUCCUCCGCGGGCUGGUCUCAGUAACCGGCAAAAAAGAUAUCAUGAUGAACUACAGCAACUACGAAACAGCCAUCGUCGAAACCUAUGGGGUACGCCUUGUAGGAUGGCCCCAGGGUGUUAACUUCACCAGCCCUUCAAAUAUCGGCACCGUGGUCAAGGCUCACACAGCUGAACUUGAUGCGCGCCGGUCAGCUGGGGAGGUGGUUCGCACGCUGCGAAAGAAGCGUUCGGAUGCUGGAGUAGCUCGGAAGCGCAAGGUUCCGCCCACAACAAACAAGGAGAAUGCAAGGUCAUCGAAGAGAACAAAGGUGACCUCCACUCAGCUUCGGGACGCCCCCAAAAGUGCUGAAUUCGUAGAGUCGUCUAACGAGGAUGAAUAG